GGCCCUUGGCGCUUACGACGGUGUCUAGCGGGGGGGUGGUGGAGAGAAUCAUUGGCCUUCCUCUUUGCCAUCCAGGUUGUGCAUUAGAGAUGCGGAAGUAAUUAUCAUUCGAACAUCAUAAGCAAUUCGAUUCUGAGGACGUUUUUAUCACAAAUUGUUAUUUUUUGUUGCUGAAAUGGCAACAAACGGUCAUUCAGGUUAUCCAUUGAAGUGGUUUAAAGACCAGAAUGCUGCGAGACAUGCUUAUGAGUGCGCUAUUUGUUUGGAAGUCUUAAAAGAUCCCGUGCAAAUCAGAGAUUGUGGACAUCAAUUUUGUGCUCUUUGUAUUGACGAUAUCCUCAAGUAAGUUUCAGUUUGCUUUCAAUUUUCACUUUCAAUGCUGUAUUUGAGAAUAUAAUUUUGUGCAUUGUUUACAUAUUUUUUGCUUAUGCUUGUGAUAAUGUUGAUUGUUCUAGACAACCCUCACAGUAUUAAAUAAUAUUGAAAUCCACCCUCUCAUCUUUAACUGAUAUGGCCUUCUAUGUAGCCACGGUCUCUAAUUUGGUCUGUUUUAAAUAUGGAUAGUAUCCAUAGUGACUGUGGUGGAUUUGGCAUUAAUAUUUUUUAAUUUUACAGGUCGGAUCCUAAAUGCCCGUCCUGUAGAAUCAAAAUUUCAGAUGCAAUGGUAUGUCAUCAUAUAUACAAAUUAAAUAAAAUUUUGCAAACUUCAAAACGGUUUGUGCCAAUGUAGGUUGUGGCAAUAAUAAGAAAGCUUUGGAUUAAUAGGGAUACAACUAGUACCUGAAAAAUAGAAGGGUAUUUUACAGUAGUUCUGUUGCAUCCCUAUCAAACUGAAGCUUUCUUACUUGCUGGUAUGUGCAAGCAUUCUUCACUUUUACUAGCUUGUACUAUAUUAGAUUUUUGAAGACCAUGCAGCGAGAAGAUUGAUCAAACAACUGGAUGUAAAUUGUUGCAAUGAAGGCUGUAGCUGGCAGGGAUCUCUCAGUUCUCUUCUACAGGUGCAAUACAUUUGUAUUUGUACUAAAAGUAUGUGCAGGAGAAGAAUAUAGCUCAUAUUCUAGCUUAAAAAACACAAAGUCUGUUAGUCUGCAAUAGAAGGGAGUGACUAGGGCACAGAAUAGAGACUAUACUGAAGCCCGACUUCUUGGUUUUUCCUAUGAUUUUGGUGCAACCAUAAUUCGUCAUCAAAAUGCUGACUCCCUGGUUAUAGCCAGUGCACUUAUGAGAGGCAUUCACCCCCCUGAUAAUAUUCAAAAUGGCAGAUGUCCAGGGGGGAAUGCUUCUCAUAAGCACACUGCAUGGCCAGGACCAUGGUGUCAGCAACAUUAAGAUGAUGACGAAUCAUGGCCAAAAUGAAUUUUUCUUCAAAUUUUCAUGAAAAAAGUUAGACUUUGCUCCAAGUUGACCUCUACUACACACAUGAAAAUCUCACAUCUUGUAACAAGUCUGCCAACAAGCCGCCAACAAGAGGUAUUCGCACUGCUUGUCACAAGUUGUCAACAGGUUUGAAACAACUUGUUGACAACUUGUAACAACCUUGUUGAAAUUAGUAUCAGACUUGUUGCAAGGUUGUUCUGACAAGUCUGUUACAUGCUUGAUAUAACAAGAUUGUUACAACCUUGUGUUGACAACUGUCAAGGUUAUCAGCGCAACUAAAAAAAGCAAAAACAUGCAUAAAAGCAAAAGGUUAACACGAGGCAGUGGCAAUGGUGGUGAAAGGCAUAUCAGAACCCCACCAAUAUCAAUGUGAUUAGAAGCGAACUUUCUCUAAGCCUCAUUUAAAUAUCCACCAAUAUCCUUUUAAAUUGCUACUCUGGCAUAGAAACGACAAAAGUGUACCUAAAACUUAACGAUUUGUCUCUAAAUCCGCAUGUACAAUAUGUUCAAUCUAGAAUCAUCAGAAUAGCUGCAACUCUACCCGUAGUGGCAAUAAUGUCAAUCAUCUUGAUGUGGGUGAACUUGAGCAAAAACUUGAAACUGUUAUGCUGAAAGUUUCAGCUUUGGAGAAGAAGGUGACAGUUUGUGGGGUUUUUUUCGGCUGUGAUAUUGACUUUUGUGUACAUUUUGUUUGACUAGUAAUUUUUGUAUUUAUAAAUUUUUAGCAUGAACAGGAUAUCAAAGAUCUUAAAUUGAAGGUAAUUAAUACUUUUGGUACAAUUAGCAUAGUCAGUAUUAAAUUAAUUCUUUCUAUGGUGAUCGCAGUAUAUACCUGUGAUUUCGAUUCUGACAGUUUUAUCAACUUUUGUGUUUAAUUUUAACAUUUUUAUAAUAACAAGUAAUUUUUGUAAUAAUUUAUAGCAUGAACAAGAUAUCAAAGAACUUAAAGUAAAGGUAAUUAUAGUGUGAAAGUAAUUGGUACCAGUAUUCACUGUUUCUCAAAAUUAUUUUUGUGUAAUUCACCUAAUGAUCUUGGUAAUGCACCCUACUGUAUUGUUUUACUUAAUUACUUUGUCUAAUGCCAAACAAUUUUACUCCUCUGAAGGGGCGAGUGCUGGAGCUCAAUGGUUAAGAAAGUGUUUCCUAGCUUGUAUUUUUUUUUUAGAAAUUCAUUGUUUUACACAACUACAGGCUAUAAAAUUAUUACUGUAUAACUGACAAUAUAAAUACUAAUGCACAUUCGUAGAUCUUAUUUUCAUUGUUCAAUUUUUGUUUAUUUUUUGUUCAAGCUCACACUGGAGCGUGAGAAUGAGUUGAUUCAAGUCAAGGCAAAGGUAAUUAAGUUAAAAGUUUUUAUCUAUUCUAACAUGGUCUUCAUGAAGAGUGCAUUUACGGAAAAUUGUCUAAUUUUUUACACCAAAGUUUCCAACAUUUAGACAAGUGAUAAAAAAAAUAUCGAUCGGGUUUGUACUUUUUAAAUUGCCAUUUUUGAUUGACCUAGCAUGCAGCAGAUGUGAUACUUCUUGGAGAAAAAAUCGAACUGUUACAGGCCAUGGGAACUGUGCAGGCUUCACAAGUAGUACUGCAGCAACCCUUACCAUGCCGGGGAUCUGAACCAACAUUCACAUGGAAGAUAACAAACUUUAGAAGAAAGUUAGCUCAAGCAAAAUCUGACAACAAAGUUGGUGUAACUCAAAGUGAACCCUUUUUCUCCAGUCAUGGUUAUAAAAUGAAGCUUCGGGCCAAUUUAAAUGAAGGACUACGAGGCUACUGUGGUUAUAUGGGGGUUUAUGUAUGCUUCAUAAAAAGUGAUCAAGAUGCGACUCUGUCUUGGCCUUUCGCAAAGCGUUUCACAUUAAUUCUUAUUGAUCAACAAGACAACAUAAAUCAAAGAGAAAACAUUAAGAAAACAUUGGUUCCACAUGGAGAGAAAGGGUUUGGGAGACCUCAACAGCUUGAGAACACCUCAAGUCAGGGAAAACGACAGUUUGUUUUACAAGUCAACUCUACAUACUCGUCAAUUCAUCAGGGAUGACACUGUAUACAUCAAGAUCACGAUCGAUCUAUGAAAAUCAUGAUGCAUUGACUGGUGUAUAUCAAGGACAUGUACUGUAUUAUAAAUCUAUUUUCAUCUUGGUAUGGCCCAUAUUGGCAUAUAACCUGCACCACGGAAGGGAUAGAGAUGCACCGGAUAUUGUAUCCGGCCAGAUAGUGAGAUAAUCUCAAUAUCCGGUCAGAUAUAUAUAUAUAUAUAUAUAUAGCUUAAGAUUUUGGUUUACGAAACACAAACAGUGCUCAAUACCAUAUAGAUAGAGCGUAAUAUAGUUUUUCGUUUUACCUCAAAAAACCACAACAGUCUGUUUCAUCCGUAUAGGAAUCAUCAGGUGGUCUUAAUUGAAUUGGCUGUACCACCUGAUAUAUGAUUCCUAUACGGAUGAAACAGACUGUUGCGGUGUUUUGAGGUAAAACGAAUAUAUAUAUAUAUAUAUAUAUGUAUGUAUAUAUAUAUAUAUAUAUAUAUAUAUAUAUAUAUAUAUAUAUAUAUAUAUAUAUAUAUAUAUAUAUAUAUAUAUAUAUAUAUAUAUAUAAAGGUUAAGGUGUUAUUUUCCGGCUAAAAAUCAUUUAAUGAAAAAGUAAAAAUGGUCGUUGAGAAGCUUAUAUCAACAGUAUCUGGCAGGAUAUUUUUCAAUUGUCUCACUCUAUUGACUCUGUUAUGAUCGAAUCUGAUUUCAUUUAAUAUUGAACAUUAUACAGUAUAUUUUUAAUUAAUGAAUCAUUUAUAUGAUACUAUUGUUCAUAUCACAGAAAUCAUUGAGAUCGAUAAUUGGUUAUAAAUUUACAGCUGGUUAUUUUGUAAUUCAUUGAUGACAUAUGUCAACCAACCCUACAUGCAAAUUCCGUUGUCACUUUGAUAAUAAAACAUGAGGCACCUUAAUUAAUAAUCUACCAUUAUUUUCUUUUUUAUUGUUGCUCAUUUUUCAGCAUGAAAUGACUAAAAACAAGUUGAAGGAAAUCCAGUCAAAGGUCAGUUUUUUUGUAGUUAGGGCGGUAUCAUUUUGACUGCAACUUGGUAUUUUUAGUGAUUUUAACUCGUUUGUCCAUAUAUAACUCUUUCUAAAUGAUUUUUUUUGUGCUGGCGUUGUGUACUCAGGUGAAUAUGAUGUUUGUGAUGUUACUCUGAGUGUGUAUAUCCACACCGGGCAAGCUUGAAAAAUAUGCCUGACCACCGUGGCCAGACAUAUUUUGUCAAGCUUGCCCGGUGUGGAUAUACACUUCAAUUCGAAUCAAGCAAUACAAGCAAUUCGAAUCAAAGGUCAGUUUCACUUUUUAACAAUUAAAAAAUGUGGUUGUAAUUGUUGGUCCCAGUAUGAGAAACUUAAAGACAGUGAUAUUGAUUAUUGUUCUAAAAUUUUUAUUAAUCUAGCACGCUGAAGAUGUGAGGCUUCUUGGGCAAAAAAUCGAAGUGGUACAGUUAGCCAUGGGAGCUGCGCAUGCUCCACUGGCAAUGCAGUUUCCUCAACAACUCUUGCCUCGUCAGGAACCUGAACCAGAUUACACGUGGAGGAUAGCAAACUUUACAAGAAAACUAGCUGAAGCAAUAUCUGACGAUGACUUUGGUGAUAUCGAAAGUGAACCUUUUUUCUCCAGUCAUGGUUACAAAAUGAAAUUGGAGGUCAAUCUGAAUGAAGGACCAUGUGGCAGUUUGGAAUAUAUGGGCGUGUACAUAAGCUUGAUGAAGAGUGAUCGAGAUGGCGCUCUGCCUUGGCCUUUUACAAGGCGUUACACAUUCAUUCUUGUUGAUCAACAAGAAGAUCUUAGCCAAAGACAAAACAUUGGGUACUCAGGAGUUCCAAAGGGAGAGAUACAGUUUAAGAGACCUAGACAGCGGGAGAACUGCGGUAUUGGGAUCUCUCGCUUUGUUAGACAUUCAACUCUGCACACUCGUCAAUACAUCAGAGACCACGCUGUAUACAUGAAAGUCAUAGUAGAUCCAUGAAAAGGUUUUUACUGUUCCUUGCAGAUACCUAAUGCCAAAUAUAACAACUCUAUCUGAUUAUAGGCUAUAGCAACCCGGAACAUCAGUAAAAACGUUGAAGUUUUAUUCAAAUUGGUUGUAUUAUUAUAAGCAAGUUUUUGCAAAAUUUCAUGUAG